AACACUCCCAGGCCGCCUUCGCCUUCGCGCCCGCCGCAACCGCCCAGCCAGCCAUGGCGAGCGCGCCGCCCUCGCAGGUGCUCCAGAACUACCACGCCGACUGCGAGGCCGCCAUCAACAGCCAGAUCUGCCUGGAGCUCUACGCCUCCUACGUGUACCUGUCAAUGGGCUACUUCUUCGACAGGGACGACGUGGCCCUGAAGCACUUCUCCCAGUUCUUCUUGCAGCUGUCGCGCCAGAAGGAGGAGCUCGCCGAGAAGCUGAUGCAGCUGCAGAACCUGCGUGGAGGCCGCAUCCUUCUCCGCGACAUCUCGAAGCCAGACCGCGACGACUGGGAGAGCGGCCUGAAGGCCCUGGAGUGCGCUCUGCACAUGGAGAAGUGCGUCACCCAGAGCCUGCUCGAUCUGCACCAGCUGGCCACCGACAAGAAGGAUCCCCAUCUGUGCGACUACCUGGAGAGUCAGCACCUGCUCGAGCAAGUCAAGUCCAUGAGAGAGUUGGGGGACCAUCUCACCAACCUGCGCAAGAUGGGGGCCCCGGAAGACGGCAUGGCCGAGUACCUCUUCGACAAGCUCACCCUGGGGGACGGCAGUAAGAACUGAGUUUGGACUGCCCUCCCCACGGCCACCGCGGCUUGGUGACUUCCCCUGGUCACCAUACUGAGCAUGCAUAUUGCAGUAUUGCCCUCGCAAAACGUUCACUUAAGUUUUC